AUGAAUUUCGACGAUACGGAGUACCCCAUCUCAGACGUAAUUCCGAUUCCGACGGCAGAAUUUUUUCCCGAUGACAGGGUUAACCUAACACCACUGCAGACAGUUGUACCAGUGAAGUGGGAGCCGCAAAUGACGAGGAUAAUAAUGGGACCAGCGCCGGAGAAUCUCAAAAUUAAGAAUUUAAAUUCUAACAACGGUCAAAGAGCUGUUUACUACCCGACAGUUGACGAGAUUGAGCAAGAAGUAGACAAAGAGACAAUCAAGGAAAAUCGAAGAAAGAAAAACUCUGAAGCUGCUAGACUUUUUCGCCAGAGGAAGAAAGAGUAUAUUUCUGGUCUUGAAGAAAGAGUCAAAGUCCUUGAGAAAGAAAACAAGGUUCUCCAAAACGAAAUAAAGAAACUCAAGGAAAUGCAUUGCCAGAACCCUGCCAUGAAUCAGCAACAAUGA